AUGCAAUUAUACAAUAAUACAAAUAUAAAAGUGGUGCGCGAGGAGACAGCCACGGCACGCGCCGAGCUCAGCUCGGGACAUGUGGUCAGGAGUGCAGUGUCGCGCGGCGUGAUGCGGCGCGCAUGCGACUGGGUCGCGUGGCCGGUGCUGGCCGGCGCACUGCUCCUGGUAUUCAACCAUGCCUACGCCAUCGAGAUGAUAGCACCCGGAAUAUGUCCCUCCAUAGACAUCCGCAACAACCCGGAGCACAUGAAGAAGCUCCAGGACUGCCGGGUGAUUGAGGGCUACCUCAACAUCGUCCUCAUGGAGCGAGCUACGCACACGUCCUUCGAAAACUACUCCUUCCCCAAACUGCGAGAGGUGACCGGCUACAUUUUGAUUUAUAGACUAAGAGGCGUACGGAACCUCGGCGACCUGUUUCCAAAUCUCUCCGUGAUAAGAGGCCUGCAGCUAUUCAAGGAUUACGCCCUCGUCAUAUUUGACAAUGAAGGUCUCGAGUCCUUGGGUCUACGUUCACUUACUCGUAUCGAGAGAGGAGCGGUGCGUAUUCAAAAUAACGACCGGCUUUGCUAUGCCAACACUAUUGACUGGUCGAAGAUCGUAGCUGACGGAAGCAAUAACAUCAUUAGGUCAAACUACGAUACACGUUUGUGUGGCCUUUGUCCAAACGCACAAAGCCGAGUGGAAGACCAUCGUCAACAGCACCUGCAGUGCCCCGCGGACUCGUCUGGCCGUUUGCUCUGUUGGGACGACAAACAUUGCCAAAAGAGAGACUGUCCAAGCUCUUGUGGAGGUCGUGCUUGCGUGGGCAACGGGACGUGUUGCCACGUGACCUGCCUCGGAGGGUGCGACGGACCCCUGCCGAGCGAUUGUCACGUCUGCGCCAAUUUCUCUUUUCGCUAUGGCUCCGAGAGGACGUGUAUGGAACGGUGCCCUGCGAAUACUUACCAGUUGGCGCGUCGUUGCGUGACUGAGCAGGAGUGCCGCUCAAUGCCGAUUCCUCAAGCCCUGGAUGGUCGCACUCAGCCCAACAUCAAGGCUUACAAGAUACUCCACAACAACAAGUGCGUCUACAUGUGUCCCAGUGGAUAUAUGGAGACAGGGGAGGCGCAUAACUCACGCUGCGAGCCCUGUCCAGCGUCUGGCUGCAAGCGAGACUGCGAGGGGGGCAAGAUUGAUAGCGUUGCGUCCGCUGAGAAAUUCCGCGGAUGCACGCAUAUACGUGGCGUGUUAGAGAUAGCACUGAGAGCUAGUGGGGGCAACACAAUGACGGUGUUGGAGAAUUCCUUGGGCGAGAUUCGGGAGAUCGAUGUGGCGUUGAGGAUAGUUCGGUCUUACCCGCUCGUCUCACUCAUGUUCCUGAAGAAUCUUGAAAGGAUCGGUGGACGAGGCACCGACAACACGGGCCAAAGCUUGUAUAUCUUCAACAAUCCAAACCUCGAGCUUCUGUGGGACUGGAGUAGUGGGAAGAAGAUCGAGAUCAUCUCUGGCCGUCUCUUCAUACACUUCAACCCCAAGCUGUGCUAUAACCAAAUAGAGAAGCUGAAGAACAUGACCCGAGAUCCGAUGACCACCUUCAACGAUCUCACGGUUUCCAAGGAUAAUAACGGAGACCAGGCUUCUUGUUUCCAAGACACGCUUCAUUUGAAGGUCCACUCGCUGGUAAAUCGUGUAGCAAUACUCACUUGGGACAUGUACUGUUCGGAGGACUCUCGGAAGCUAAUCGGCUACUCCAUCUACUAUAUCCAGGCUCAGCACAACGUCACUCUGUACGGACAACGGGAUGCGUGUUCGGAUACAUGGAACGUACUGGACAUAACAAUGGAUGAGGUCAGAAACACGACAAAGCCGAUGCCAACCAACAGAAGUACCAAGGUGCUGCCGAACCCCUGCGAGGAUAUUCAGCCUUUGUUCUAUCCGCUGACUCAGCUGCAACACUACACAAGAUACGCGGCGUACGUGAAGACCUAUACCACGAGGGACAGGAAGGGCGCGCAGAGCCCGAUCAUCUACUUCACAACUAUGCCAGGGCACCCCAGCCCUCCCCGAGGCCUGACCGUGGAGAACCUUCGCGAACAUUCGGCGACCAUCAAAUGGCAAUCACCAGCCAUGCCCAACGGCACCAUUGAGUCAUACCGGAUCGAGAUCCAGGCGAACGCGUACAACCAACACAAGAUAUUGGCGGACAAUCUCAACUAUUGCACUAAUCCGAGCGCGCUGGUAAAUAUGAUAGCCGUUCGCGGCGAGGAAGUGGCCGAGAAGAAAGAGGACAAGACCACUGGUGACGUGAAGAGCGAGACGUGCGCGUGCAAGGAGGACAACAAGCCGGCUGUGCGCUUCAACUCUGAGGCUGAAGAGGAACGAGUGGAGAGUAUUGACUUUGAAAACGAGCUUCAGAACCAUGUCUACGUGAAGCAAGGAACCCGAACCGGCACGUCCACUGCUGCGAGUCGCAUGCGCCGUUCAAUAGACAACUCUGUAAACAGCAUGCUCGUCAUAUUGAGCGACAUUCACGCGCCGCGUCUCGGCUACAACUACACAAAUGAGACAGACGGAGGCUAUGUAAAAUCCAUGUACUUUGAAUUGGGUGGCAAGGCGAAGUCGCUGACUGUGGAGAACCUUCGCCACUUCACAUGGUACACAGUGAAUAUUUGGGCGUGCCGGAAGAAGCACCCGAACGAAACUUUGGACGACUACAACGAGUCGUGGUGUUCGGUGCGGGCCUAUUACAAUUUCCGCACUUUGGAACAGCUGAACGCAGACUUUGUUCGAAACGUACGUGCUGAUAUUGUGCCGUCCAACAAGACGCUGCCUGAAGUGAACGUAACUUGGCUACCUCCCGAAGAUCCCAACGGUUUCGUCGUGGCUUACAACGUAUACCACUCCAGGGUAGAAGACGGCGAACAGUCUGCAGAUGUUGGUCUGACGAGCUGUAUUCGAGCGGAUGACUAUGAGAGUAACGGCCGUAGUUUCAUCAUUCGGACCCUACUUGCUGGCAAUUACAGUAUACGCGUCACUCCACUCACAGUUAGUGGAGUUGGAAAUGUCUCGGCUGAGAUAUACGUUAAUAUUCCGGAAGUACGUCCGGAAGGCGGUUACGAAUGGGUUUGGGGGGUAGUAGGCGGUUGUGCUGUCGUCGUAUGCGCAGCAGCGUUAGGUGCGUGGUACGCUCGACGUGCGCUCCACACGCACGACAAUAACAAACUCUUCGCUCGUGUCAACCCUGAGUACGUUUCUACUGUAUACGUGCCUGAUGAGUGGGAGGUGCCUCGAGCUAGCAUCGAAUUCGUCAGGGAACUCGGACAAGGUUCCUUCGGAAUGGUCUAUGAAGGAAUCGCUAAGAACAUCGAAAAAGGCAAACCGGAAACUCGGUGCGCUGUGAAAACUGUCAACGAACACGCCACUGACAGGGAGCGCAUCGAGUUCCUUAACGAGGCUUCUGUGAUGAAAGCGUUUGACACGUUCCACGUGGUACGUUUGUUGGGCGUGGUCUCUCGCGGACAGCCCACCCUCGUAGUGAUGGAGCUGAUGGAGCAGGGAGAUCUCAAGACAUAUCUACGCUCACAUCGUCCAGACGCGGACUCGUCGCUACCUAAGAAAGGGCCUGCGCCCUGCCCACCAACUCUGCAGAACAUCUUGCAGAUGGCUAUAGAAAUAGCCGACGGUAUGGCCUACCUAUCGGCCAAGAAGUUUGUGCAUCGUGACUUAGCGGCGCGCAACUGUAUGGUCGCUGGGGACCUGACGGUGAAGGUCGGGGACUUCGGCAUGACCAGAGACAUUUAUGAGACUGAUUACUAUAGGAAAGGCACGAAGGGACUCUUGCCUGUGCGCUGGAUGAGCCCUGAGAGCUUAAAAGAUGGGGUGUUUUCAAGUAACACCGACGUGUGGAGUUAUGGUGUAGUUUUAUGGGAGAUGGCUACACUUGCAAUGCAACCCUAUCAGGGUCUAUCCAAUGAGCAAGUAGUCCGCUACGUGAUUGAAGGUGGGGUGAUGGAACGCCCAGAGCAUUGCCCUGAUCGUCUAUAUGAGCUGAUGAGGGCGUGCUGGGCUCAUCGGCCAGGGGCUAGGCCGAGUUUCCUCCAACUGGUUGCAGAACUAUUGCCCACUGCACAGCCUUACUUCCGACAUAGGUCGUUCUUCCAUACGCCGCAAGGACAGGAGAUGUACGCACUCCAGCGGACAGCUGCAGAGGAAGAACAAGAGAUGCAAGAAGUGAAUGUCGGUGCAGUAGCAACCGGUUCGGGUUCCAAUCUGUUUGGCGUGUCAGGUCGCCUCGCAUCGUGGGUGCGUGAGCUCUCAUCCCUGCGCUCGCGCACCUCAGACGACGCAGCCGCGGAGCCCCUGCAACCCUUGCAGCCCCCGGAUCUGCAUCCCCGAAAACCGCCCCCCAACGGAAACCUGCCCCCGCCCUGCUAG